AUGGCCAACGCGGGGCUGCAACUGCUGGGCUUCAUCCUGGCCUUCCUGGGCUGGAUCGGGGCCAUCGCCAGCACAGCGAUGCCCCAGUGGAAGGUUCACUCCUAUGCGGGCGACAACAUCGUGACAGCCCAGUCCAUCUACGAGGGGCUGUGGAUGUCCUGCGUGUCGCAGAGUACCGGGCAGAUCCAAUGCAAAGUUUUCGACUCCUUGCUGAACCUCAACAGUACAUUGCAAGCAACCCGUGCCUUGAUGGUGGUUGGCAUCCUGCUGGGACUAAUAGCUAUCUUUGUGGCCACUGUUGGUAUGAAGUGUAUGAAGUGCCUGGAGGAGGAUGAGGUCCAGAAGAUGCGGAUGGCUGUCAUUGGAGGUGUGAUAUUUCUUAUUGCAGGUCUAGCUGCUUUAGUUGCCACAGCAUGGUAUGGCCACAGAAUUGUUCAAGAAUUCUAUGACCCCAUGACACCAGUCAAUGCCAGGUAUGAAUUUGGUGCAGCUCUCUUCACUGGCUGGGCUGCUGCUUCUCUCUUGCUUCUGGGAGGUGGCCUACUUUGCUGCUCCUGCCCCCGGAAAACAUCUUACCCAACACCACGGCCUUAUCCCAAGCCUGCUCCUUCCAGUGGGAAAGACUAUGUGUGA